UGACGAUACCACGACAAAGACUCGUUGUAACGUCAAAUAUAGUUCGUAAACUGGCGAACAAACGUGCUUGAAUAUACGUUUUAGGAUCAUGCAUUCGAUAUCCAAAAUAAAUCGUCAUUCUGAACAAAUGCGUUUUCUCUCUGCGUCACUGCUCGUUUAGGCCGAAUCUAGCCGAAGAUAUCCGAGUGCACCUUAAUCUGCAAGGACAGUAUCGUAUCUGAUACACGAUCACAGAUUAAUCUUUCCAACUUUUCAUGUGGCUUGAUAGAAAACAAUAUUCCAUAGUAUAAAUAGAUCUAUCCAUAGUGAAACUGUUGUCAAUAAUAAAAUGACGUCUUUUUACAGUAGACAGUUUAUUCAUUUUCGAAUAGAAACGUAGCUAUGAUUGAUAAAACAAUGCUCGAGGCAUCAUACGUAAAAAUAGAACUGAAAUUUUAACGUGUGAUCAGCAGAUUCGACGUAAAUCAUACAUUUGGAUAGCGUAAAUUUUGCCGAAGUGGAAAAGGACGAGCUUGCCUAGUUUGAACGAAGCCUUACACGCAGCGAAAGAUGUACAUUUUGUGACGGCACACUAUAGAUACGGCAGUGCGAUACCAACGAAUCGCGUGUCCCUAGUAAAUAUCCCUAGGAAUCGAGAGAUCAGUGGGUGCAAGUGGUAAUAUCGGUUGUAUUUACCCCUUCCUCUACGUUCGUUGCUCUGUGUGCCGUUUGGCGUAUUCCACUGUCGGAGUUGUGAAGCAACGAAGCGGUUUCGCCGAAUGUGUCGCAUUAUGUGUGCGUUUUGUGGUGUUUCUGAAUGAGUUUACCAUCGAUCAAGUGCCUAAGGACGACACAGUGUGUUUCAUUUGUUAAUUUCGUUGCGGCUGGUGGAACUAUGUCAAACGGUGAGCGAUGACACGCCCGUGAAAAAACGAUAACAACGGCGAGUGAUUCUUCGAUUGAGCAAAAAUACGAGAGACAACACGCGACGGACCACCUUUGUGUAUUUCAGUGAAAUUACAUUAAACGAAACAUGCUUCAGCCUAGAGCUACGCGCAUCAGACGGUAAAGAAGAAAAAAAAGGGAAUGGCUAGUUUGAUGGUAACCACUUCAAGUAAGAAUAGUUCACGCAGUGCAUCACCGAAUAGAGGAAAUAUAUUGACAUCGCCACAACUGCAGUCGUCAGCUAGUUCAGAUCACACUCCAAAAGCACGUAAUGUGUCACUUUCCCAAACAGGGGAGGGUAGUACAGGCAGUGGAAGUAGUGGUGGAGGCAGCUUCAGUAUGAAAGGUAGUAGGCAAAAAUCACCAGGAACUGUGAUUCGAGUAGGAGAUGCUAUGGAUGAUCCAAAUACCAAUCUAAUCACUGCCGAACAAGAUGAGUUUGUGCCAAAUAUUCAUCCACCCACCGAUGAUGAGGGAGAACAGUAUCAUGCAACACAAUCGUUCCUAUCGAAUGGCUCCUCUGAACUAAUUACAGAUGAUGUUGACUCUAACUCUGCUCGUGUGUGUCAAGCUAUUGAGAACAUUCAAAACAAAAUUGCUAAAACACGAGAACUUAUAAGAAUAGAACAAACCACGCGUGAUGAAAAUGUUAAUGAGUAUUUAAAAUUAGCUGCUAAUGCAGACAAGCAACAGCUUACUAGAAUCAAGGCAGUAUUUGAGAAAAAGAAUCAAAAAUCAGCGCACAGUAUUUCUCAACUUCAAAAAAAAUUGGAUAGUUACACUAAAAAAUUGAAAAACUUUGAGUUAAAUGGAGCACCCACAAGUCACAGGCAACCUAGAGAAGUGCUUCGUGAUAUGGGACAAGGACUUAAAAAUGUAGGCGGCAAUAUUAGAGAUGGAAUUACUGGUUUUUCAGGGAGUGUUAUGUCAAAACCAAGAGAAUUUGCACAUUUGAUAAAAAACAAAUUUGGUAGUGCUGAUAAUAUAAAUACCUUAUCACAUGGCUCGACUUUUUAUGUAAACGAUACACCGCGUGCAGGUAAUGGAGAUAACGCUAGUGUUGAAGAUGAAAAAGCACACCAUGGAUCCGCAACACUUCCUGGUGGAUGUAGUUUGGGUUCAACUCACAGUGCCGCUGCAAUGAAAUUUCCGUCUGAAGAAGGUUCAGAAUGUUCUAGUGUCACGAGUGAAAGUGGACCUGGUAGUAGAGGACAAGCACACACAUGUCAUAGUAAUAAUAAUGCUGCACUUAGUCUUAAAUCCAUUUUCACCGAGCUACAAGAACACAGAGAAAAUUUGGAUAGGAUGAAAGAGAAAUUAGAUGGUUUGAAGACUUUACAACAAGAGGUGACAUAUCUUUCGCACGCUUUACAAGAGGAACGAUUUCGUUGCGAACGCUUGGAGGAACAAAUUAAUGAUUUGACUGAACUGCAUCAAAACGAAGUAGAAAAUUUAAAACAGACUAUAACGGACAUGGAAGAAAAAGUGCAAUAUCAAAGUGAAGACCGUUUGAGAGACAUACAUGAAAUGCUGGAAUGUUGCCAGACUAAAAUUUGUAAAAUGGAACACCAGCAACAGCAGCACCAACAAUACGUGACAUUAGAGGGUUUGGAUAACAGCAACGCAAGAGCAUUGGUUGUUAAACUCAUAAACGUAGUAUUAACAGUGUUGCAAGUUAUUCUACUCCUUGUUGCAACAGGUGCCGGUAUAAUGAUGCCUUUCCUUAGGACCAGUUGUACUAAGCCUCAUUGUUUCAUGUGCAGGGUGCGCAUAUUAACAACCACGAUUGUUGUGUUGGGAAUAGUAUUUGUUCUCAAACAAUGGCCUGAGGUUCACGAUGUUGGCAGUCACCUUAUGCGCCAUCUUAAACAAAUCCUCGCCGUUAAGUAGCAUCGGUGGAAUACUUAAAUUUACUAUACCCUGUGAUGAAGAACAAUUGUACACAAUGAUCAACAUUUUGGACCCAUUUAUAUCAGUGCUGUAGUUUUGGAGCAAUAAUAGUAGGUAUAUGCGCAAAUGAUUUUAUUUACAUUUCAAAUUUGGUCAUGUUUACCAUUAUUCUAUUAAUCAAGGCGAGCAAUUAAAUCUAUUUGAUACUGUUAACAGAAUUAUUGAACAUAAAACAUAUUUUGCUGUGCAAAAUGUUUCACUUAGGAGAAAAGGGUAAUUCUCUCGAGACAAUAGAUGAAAAUGUCUCUUGCCCCUAAUGCAAUUUUCGCGAACUUGUUUAUAGUCUUCUUAUUUCUACUCGAGCGAUUUUGUUAAAAAAGAAAAUAGUCCAUGCAUUUGCACGGUUAGUCGAGUGCUCUUAAUGCAAAGAUGAUUCUGCUUUGUAAUAAAAUUCAAAGAUUUAUAUCGAUCAUAAAGAAGUAGUGAUUACAACGCUGUACGCUGAUAUUGCUUGAUUACAUACGGCACAUUGUUAGAAGAAUUUACUGAAAUGUCAUAUAAUUACGUUCACUUUUACAUAAAAUCAUUAAUUCAAAGGUAGAAGAGAAAUGUUUUAUCAUCAGUGUCUGUGGGAGGUGCUAUUUUUCUUUUCUCCCAGAAACAUAGUUCGUAUAUUUGAUAUCGCAGAAAUAAACCAAGUAUUUGUAAUUACAGUCGUCCAAUUGCUAAACAAUAAUGUAAAAUUAAGAGAAAUAAAACAACACUUAAAUAAUCGUAGGAACUUUUCACGUCAGAAUGUAUAAAGUAGUAUGGUGUACUCUUUUAGUAUCGAUGAUAAGAUGAAAUAAUUUGAUCAGUCGUAGAGACCGCAACAUUUCUGAAUAAUCUUUAUGUAUAAUUCAUAAGUUAAUUCUACAUUCAUGGGUAACUUGAAAAGUAAAAGCUGUUUGGAUACAAACAAGUGAUGUACAUAGAUACAUAACAUGAAAUAUCAGAAGAGGACCAACAUGCUCUUUUCCUCUUGCUCUAUAACGGUAAUUUAUUUCAGAUGCAAUGUAGAACACUUAUUUGAGAAUAAACGAUAUUCAGCUAUUUAUGCCCUUUAGUCUCGCGAGUGUUUCAAACCACCACAGACACAAGAAUACGUACAUAUUGUAUCGAACAUAAAGAAAUGAACCAUGACAGAUAUUGAAAUGAGAGAAAGACUGAUGGACUACAUCGCUGUUAUAAUUGUGAAUAAUUUAAUAUUUGUGGCGAUUUUGUGUUGCUAAUCAAUUGAGGAAUGUUAAGUCGAUAGAAUGAUAUGAAAAAAGAAUAUAAGAAUAAUAAUAUAACAUGCAAAAUUGUAUGAUUAUAUGAAGAAAAAUUAUUCGUAAAUUAACAUAGGUGCUCAAAUCUGUGAAUGUGUAAAAUAUUUUGAUUUAACGUUUCAUCGCCGCUACAGGGCAAAAUAUCCAUUUAUUUCAUUCGAAUUGUUUCUUAGUUUAUGUCUGUAUAGUAUCAUUGAAAGCAUAAAGUCAUUUGACAUAAAAACAUGUGUACAUGUGUGUAUCAAAAAAGAAAAUUAAUUUUUUGAUCAUCAUUGAUAUGUACCAGUGAUGGGCAAAUCUAAUGCACACCGAAGAGCUCACGGGCAGCGGGUGUGCAAUGAUGAGGUAUCAGAAAUUUGGAAUUUUGAUAAUUUUAGAGUUAAAAAAUGUAGAACUAUAUAAAUUUGAGAAUUUGAAAAUUUUGAAGGUUAAAACUGGACAAUUAAGAAUGCAGAAAUAUUUUCAAAUUUUUAAAUUAAGAAAGCUACCCAUCAGUGCCCACAACACGCCGCCAUUUGCACGUCCGUGCAUCUCUGCCCAUCUCUGAUGCAUUCUAUUUUUUUUACGGUGAAAAACAUUUUACGGACACAUCUCUAAUUUGUAUUAAGUUCGCGUAUUAGAUUUUUUGUUAUUUGUAUAUGUUGGACUAUGUAAUGUUAUUAUUUCGUUAAUCGAUAAAAAAAGAACACGAAAAAUCAUUUUUAAUCAACUAAUAAUACUUGUAAAUAAAAUAAAGUUUAUGUGGUAAUGUAUUUCGUUUAUGCCUGUUAUUCGUGAAUGCAACAUCAAAUUUCCUAAUUUUGUAUUUGGCGAUAUAAUGUCUUCAACCCCCGUAACAUAUCUCAUUUUUGUCUGUUUACCUUUUUUUUGUAAUUAACGUUCGCCGAUGAACUUUUAUAAUUUUAUAACUUUUUUACAUGUUUGAUACAAAUGCUAAAAGGUGUUUCAUAAAAAGCCAUUGUGGUUCGUAUUUGUUGAAACUAUAACCGUAUUAUUUAAAACAUUGUAUCAUGGAGAAGAAUGGAAGUUUGAUCGUGUAUUUAUAAUUGUAUUAGGCGAAUUUUUAUAUCUUCUCGGAUCGCGUGUAUCUUUUAUUUUCUCAUAUCGACAUUUAUUUUGUAAUUGUAUCAUAAAGAAAUUUGUUUAAUUAAAUCUAUUUACUAGUAAUUGUAAUAGUUCUUUCAAAUAAUCCUUGCGUUUCUAUAAUCUUAUGUUCAUGAAUUUAAGUCACUGUGAUUAUUAAUUAAGUUUAUAUGUAAGUGUAAAAAUUACAAAUCAAUUUUGGGAUCAAUAUAUGUGUAAACGGAUGUUUUAGUGUAUUUUUUAUGUUUGUAAUAUUUGUGGAAAGAAGAGAAAUGAUAGCUGUGAACGAUAUUGGGAAAAGAAGAAAUUUUAGUUCGUUGAUACAAUUCAAUAUUAUAUCUUAAGAUCUUACAAUGAAAUAAGUUAAUGACUACAUGUUGGUUAAAUGCAAUUACAAUUAUGUGCGUUUGCUUUUUAUUGUACAAAUGAAAAUAAAUGUAGGACGUUC